AUGUAUAUUGCAGAAUACGAACAGAUUUCGAAAAAUGAGGAGUCACUACAGAGAAACGAUUCCGUCGUAGAUAAUGCCAUGACUAAUACUAUGAAAAGCGACAGCUCAGUGUAUGUAUUUUUAGUUCAGUCUUCCGCCAUUUCUGAUCAGCCACUGGAUUUGUCGAAGAAAGCACACAAUACAAGCAAAAACUUAUCAGAUAUGGGUAAGAUGAAUUUUGGAAUUACCACGGAUAACAUACGGAAAAGUGUGCCAGUUCAAGUAUAUCGCGCUCCGCAAUUUGGCGCACAAAAUUUUCACCCCCAACGCGUUCAAAUCAAUAGUUAUGGAAUUGGAAAUUCUCCAAGAGGCAAUCGUAAACGACAUUUCGUUGAAGAACGUACAUCUGGAGUCACUGCCAAUCCAGUCUUGGCAAAGUUUGCAGCGAUCGGUGACCAAAAUAUCAACGUGGAUGAAAGUCGAAACUUUAUGGGUUAA